GUACAGAUUAUUGUGCUUGUGCUAAAAAGAUUCAGAAGAUUCAGGAGGAGGUCAUUAGGGUUGAAGGACAAGACACUAGUAGUGGUAGCAAUGGGCGUCAGAGAAAAUAUAUGCAAGUUCUUUUUUCGUUGUGGAACUACCUGAAGAAUGACAGAACCAGAAGAUGAUGUAACUAAACAUCAUCAGGUGAUCAGUCGAAGAUCUGCCAUUGCCUUGCUGGCCUAUCAAAAACGGUAGCAUUAAAAGGCUGCGAGGAAGAGGAUGUGGCUCCAGCUGCUGUCGGAUGUGAGCGGCAUCCGUGUGGUGUCCCGGGAUAAAAACGACAGAAAUAGCAGGCCCUUUUUUCCGCGAAUAGAGCUGGACGUGUUGCGCUUCUGUACCUUCAGCGUUUCCGUGGCGGGUGGCUAUUGGCUUGCGUCCAGAUGGUGGCAACACGCGAACACGAUAAGCGUUCCGCCUGCGCUUACGGAUCAGCCUGGAGCUUCGUCGACAUUGACUCCAAGCACGGAGUGCGCAGAAAACCUAAGCGGAGUGGGUGGUGGAUCUUCUUCAUCGGGUAACGUGGAUAGUGGACGACCAGUACCAAGUGACUUGCCUCCGGUUCCACAACAACUCUCCUCUAGUACUGCGGAGCAUUCUCAUUCAACAUCUUCAUCUUCAUCCCUUGAAACAGCGGUGGCAGGAAGGGUCGUAGGCUCUUUGGAAAAUCAAGGCACAGUUAAGAACAACAACGCUCUCUCAUCGAUAAUUCACUUUUAUCCGAAGAUUUCAACAACAAACGAAAAACAGGGUUCGUCUUCAGCUCAUUCCUACUCGUCAACCUAACUACUUUUUAAGGGGAAUUAUCUAUCUACAACAAAGGAGGAUCAUGAUGUUCCACUUUAGAAAUGAAACUCCAGUAGCUCUCGCGCGACUCAUAUCAAUCUAGAGUCGGAAAUGAACCAAUUUUUUAUUAGUCAGUUUUGGUUUUCAGAAGCAGAAGAUUUAAUAUAUUCUAAUUCAUCUAGUUCUAGUCUUUCUAAUGUGGUUUUGGAUCCAUCAGGUUCAGGUGGAGUCUCCACAACGACGGAAUUGCCUUUGGUGUCCAAAUACGUCUCCACAGCGGGGCGAAUUGUCGUUCCGCUCUCGGAAUUCCUGUCCCUGCUCGCGCGCAAAGCAGUCACGGCGGUUUCGUAUGACACCAUUGAGUCUGCCUCAGUUUUUCCACCGGAAGGAGCAAUCACUUUCGCCGUGAAGGACGACGUAGCCGCUGCUUUACUUCCCCCGCCACUGCCUUCCUCGGAAGCAAUUACAGCUCUACAACUAGAUGCGGCUACAGCCGGAUGCUAUGGGGCGGGGGCUCGAGUAUCUUCUCCAUCUUCUGGGAACAAUUUAGGCAGCCAUGCAGCAACUUCUGUAGCUGGAGUCCGAGUUGGUACUUCACAACUCUCCUUCACAACUAACCUGGUUCCUGGGUGUCACGAAAGCGUGUACCGUGCCAUCGAGAAUGCGAAAGUACCACUUGCUGCACAAUUGCCACCAACAUGUGUUCCUAUUUCUCAUCCUUCCACGCUCCCAUCUUCUUCAGUGGUCUCAUCUUUAUCAGCGUCAUCUACUUCCUCGAGAAUAGGCGGUGGAUUCUUUACAACUGACAACACCCCCACUGCUUCUUCCAGUGAGAUGACCAUGAUUCAGGAUCUUGGUAUAGUAUCUGCCUCGUCCCCACUUGGACUUGGAAAUCGGGGAGGAGCGCAGCCAUCACAACUGCAUAUCGGGAGAACUACCAGUGAUCAGAGGAACUCAGCUUCUCGAAACAAAGAAAUUUUAGUCGGCCUAGCUGUUGACCUUUUCUCGCUGAGCGCAGCACUUGCAUGUUGCUACUACUUCUACGAUAAUCCGUUGUCAGGUGGGAUUAAGGAUGACAACGUGUGGAAGGCAGCUGGCAGCUCCUCAGAUUCCGCAGGACCUGGCAUCGGCUUUGACGAUGUAGCAGGCUUUCGGAAGCAGAAAGAAGAGUUACGGGAGGUACUCCCGCUUACCCAGCCUAAAUAGAGCAGAUGAAUUCGGAGUUCUACGUACUAGAGCAGAUGAAUGAAAGAUAUAUUUUUGGAUUGACAUGAGGAUGAGUACAAAUGCACCUCGUCGACUAGGACUUCUACGUAAUCAAGGUGCUGUGACACACUUCAUCAUUGAACAGUGAAUACGACACGGCACUGACAUGCAGGUAAUCGCGUACAUCAAACGGCCGGAGCUCUUUCAGCGUGUGGGGGCUAUCCCAGCAUUGGGUACGCUGUUGGUCGGACCACCAGGCUGUGGCAAGACGUUGCUCGCCCGCGCAGUCGCCACCGAGGCUGGCGUGCCAUUUUUCCAUGCGAGCGCGAGCGGGUUCGUUGAGAAGUAUGUUGGUGUGGGGGCGUCCCGCGUGCGGAAGUUCUUUCAAAAUGCCCAGAAUUAUCCCGCCUCAAUCCUGUUCCUCGACGAGCUUGAGGCGAUCGGAAGCCGUGACGACAGCCUGGGGAGUGGUGAGUAUUGCCAAACGAUUUCGCAACUCCUCGUGGAACUGGAUGGAAUGCACUUGAAACGACGUGCUGCAACCGCUAACAGCUCUUCGGCGCAACAGCAACAACAGAUGGCGAAACGGAGAAAUAUGAAGAUAAGACCUUCCAACGCUGCAGGCAAGACAAAUGGAAGAACAGCAGACGUGGAUGUGGAAAAUAACCAGAUUGAUGAAGAUGUGAAGGACUUCAUCGAUCAAGAUGUAGCUGGGGGUGACAAGGCUCCGCAUAGUGAUGAACAAGAAAACAGAUUGACUCCACCAUUGGUUCGGCAUGCUACAUCGUGGUGUGACUUCCGCAACCUCCUAUGGCCUUUUUCAUCCGCGAACAGAGACGCAAAAACGGACUACUUCGAUAUCGACAACGAGGAAGAAGACAGCACGUUCUCGUUCAUGGACCCUGAAGAAGGUGAGACGGGAGAAAGAGGUGGACAGGACCCGCAUCGAGGACCUUUUUUUUCGAAUCUUCAGGUGAGGAGAACAAGAGGCGAUAGUAAUCCUACUAGCCGAGGAUCAGGAGGUGAGUCUUUUUUUGUCUUCCUAGCUGCAACCAACCGACAUCACACACUUGACCCAGCUUUGUUGCGACCAGGACGACUCGACCGCAUCGUGAAAGUGAAGUACCCCUCGCAGACGACGCGGCACCAGUGUGUGCUCAUCCACGCACGUGGGAAGCAGUUUCACCCUACCUUGACAGGAUUGUUUGCUGGUGGUCGUGGAGUGGGUUCAAACUGGUCCUCCGCUCCGGAACAGCAGAACAGUAGGUCGUCGAGAAUAGCAUUGAAUAGAAGAGACGCCUCGCAGACCGACAGCAUAAGCAGCCUAGAGCAGUCAGGGCGACCACAGGUGGAUGAACCUGCUCCUCAAGUGAAUUUCGCGGCUCGACUAGCGCGCAAAUGUCGUGGUUUUAGCUGCGCAGAAAUUGCGAAUGUCUUAAACGAGGCAGCUUUGCUAGCAGCUCGUCGCGGCGCAAAGCAACGUAGAACUUCCUCUACGUCUUCGCUGAAAACCACAAUGGAGGCCUCUCUAGAAAUCCGAAGCUGGAGUAUCACAUGGGCCGAUCUGGAAAAAGCAUGCGAAACAGGCAGACGCAAUCGUGAUUUCGAGCUUGUGGGGGUUAGCUCUGACGAGGACAACGAUGACUUCGAAGAUGCGAGUGAGGAUGAAACUAGAACUCGUGAUCUUCGAGGAGAUCCCACUACAUCUUUGUCAUCGUCCUCUUCUAAGACAAAUAGGGCAACCCCCGCCAAGAGAUCUUCAGGCUUUCCCUUGCGGACUUCUAGUAGUGCAAAUAGCCAUGGUAGGACGAAUUUUCCAGGAGCGUCAAGCGGCGAGUCUCCGAAUACCAUAGAUCCGAAUUUUGUGAAUCAAGAAGCAAUGAAGCUGCUUGGCCAAUUGUUCCUCCAAUCGGCCUCACUACCCCAUUUACAAAACCCGAAUACAUGACGGAUGCACACGCACCUUUGCUUCAUUCUGAAAAUAUCGCCGAAUAUAUUUAUAUAUAAGUUCUUUCAUAUUUAUAACUUCAGUGUGAUGACUCUCUCUACUUUAACAGGUCAACUCAACUAGCGCAUGAUCCCACAUGAUGAGCUCCAGGUGACAAAAACUAGCGAACGCAAAUUUAUUAGCGUGGCAAUUUAUGCACGAACCGGAAAAUGCUAGUACUCAUGGCCGAGAAGUGUGUUUGGUGUAACAAGUAGAUUGAGCUCUGGUGACUGAAACUUUCAAAAAGGCGCCUUCAGGCGAUGCUUUGCUGCGCUGGACCUGCGAAAGAGCCAUAACUCGCGAAUCAAGAGCCUCCAUCUUCCUCUGUAC